AUGGCUGCAGGCAAAGCUCAAAUUGGAAAGAUGGCUCCGGAUUUCACAGCUAAAGCUGUGAUGCCAGAUGGCCAAUUCAAGGACCUUAAAUUAUCUGACUACAGAGGGAAGUAUAUUGUCUUCUUCUUUUACCCACUGGACUUUACCUUUGUGUGCCCGACCGAGAUCAUCGCAUUCAGCGACGCGGCUGAUGAAUUCAGGAAGAUUGGCUGCGAGGUCAUCGCUGCCUCUGUUGACUCUCACUUCUCCCACUUUGCAUGGACCAACACUCCCCGUAAGCAGGGUGGUUUGGGCGCUAUGAAGAUUCCGCUUGUGUCUGAUGUGCGUCACACCAUCUCUGAAGACUAUGGCGUUCUAAAAGCGGACGAAGGCAUUGCCUACAGGGGCCUGUUUAUCAUUGAUGAUAAGGGGAUACUGAGACAGAUCACCAUCAAUGACCUCCCCGUGGGACGUUCUGUAGAUGAAACCAUGCGUUUGGUUCAAGCCUUUCAGUUCACUGACAAGCACGGAGAAGUGUGCCCAGCUGGCUGGAAACCAGGAAGUGACACCAUCAAACCUGAUGUCACAAAGAGUAAAGAAUUCUUCUCCAAGCAGUGA